GUUUACGCAGUACUAAAUAUGAGCGGAAGAGGCAAAACCGGUGGCAAAGCCAGGGCUAAGGCCAAGACUAGGUCGUCCAGGGCUGGGCUCCAGUUCCCGGUCGGACGUGUGCACAGGCUUCUGCGUAAAGGCAACUACGCUGAGCGUGUAGGCGCCGGCGCACCCGUGUAUUUGGCCGCCGUGCUCGAGUAUCUGACUGCUGAGAUUCUGGAGUUGGCUGGCAACGCUGCACGCGACAACAAGAAGACUCGUAUUAUCCCCCGUCAUCUGCAGUUGGCUGUCCGUAACGACGAGGAGUUGAACAAGCUGCUUGGCGGAGUCACCAUCGCUCAAGGUGGCGUGCUGCCUAAUAUUCAGGCAGUGCUGUUGCCCAAGAAGACUGACAAGCCAGCUAAAGCCAAGUAA